CGACUCCUCGAUUCCUUUCCCCGCAUUGGUGUCGGCGAUCCCUAUAAAUGCAUAGCCCUCCGAUGCUCUUAGUCUGCUUGAUCUGAGAGUCUGGGAGGAGGAGAACGAGAAGAGGCGGUUCCGUCGGAGAAAUUUUCUGGGAGUCGGUUGAAGGAUCGGCGUGUAGAGAUGGCGGGGACCGUUUUCACUCCCUCGCUGGAAGGAAUGAAGCAUGUCAAGUCAGAGAAUGGAGUAAUAUUAACAAAGCCAUUUCUUGAUGUGUGCAAGCUUAUUCUGCCAGUUCUAGAUAAGUUUGGAGCAGCUAUGUCUAUUGUCAAGUCUGAUAUAGGGGGUAAUAUUACGAGGCUGGAAACGAAAUAUAAUUCUGAUCCAUCAAAGUUUGAACACUUGUACAGUAUGGUGCAAGUUGAAGUCGAAGCUAAAACAGCAAAAGGUUCUUCCAGCUGUACCAAUGGGCUUCUGUGGUUGACGAGAGCAAUGGACUAUCUGGUGGAGCUAUUCCGGAACUUGCUAGAUCAUCAAGACUGGAUCAUGUCACAAGUUUGUACUGAUUCCUAUAACAAGACUUUAAAGAAAUGGCAUGGAUGGCUUGCAAGUUCCAGCUUUACGGUUGCUAUGAAACUUGCUCCUGAUCGGAAGAAAUUCAUGGAGGUUAUUAGUGGAUCGGGUGACAUCAAUGCUGACAUGGAGAAAUUUUGCACAACCUUUGCCCCUCUUCUAGCAGAGAACCACAAGUUCCUGGCGAGCGUGGGUCUAGAUGAUUUGAAGGCAUCUUGAUGCAAGGACGUACCCUUCAUGACGCCUGCUCUGCUACCAGUUUUAUUAUUUCCAUCAGUAUGAAGAAAACAGUAGUGCAAGGAAUAAGUCUUCCUUCUAAUUUUGUUCUAUUGCCCGUUGAGUCAUAAUGACAAAAACAAUAGCACAAGCAACUAGACGUUGUUAUUUUGUUUCUCCUUAAUGCAUAAUAUUCUGAUAUGUUGUUUUUA